CGGGGCUCCAGCAGCCGCGGGAUCUGCAGUUCGGACUCCCAGCGCCACAGUCGCCGCAGUUCCUUCCACUCUGGUGGCCCCGCGGCCGUGAGGGGAUCCCGGGGGUCGGCUGGCCGCUCGGAAUUGGCUCGGGAUCGGCCCCGCCUCUCCCUCCCUCACUGGGGCCUAGACGGCCGGGGCCGCGGGGAAAUGGAGCCCUCUCCCACCGCUGGGGGCUCGGAGACCACUCGCCUGGUGAGCCCCCGAGACCGUGGCGGCAUUGGUGGCGGCCUGCGUUUGAAGAGUCUCUUCACAGAGGCCUCAGAGCCCGUCCCCGAGGAGCCCAAACCCACAGAGAUGUCCUUCCAGCACUGCCACAGGGACCCCCUGCCCCAGCCGGGUCUCACCCCUGAGAGGCUGCAGGCGCAGAGGCAGCUGUGCGCCGCCUGUGCCGUGUGCUGCGUCUUCAUGGCCGGGGAGGUCGUCGGUGGGUAUUUGGCGCACAGCCUGGCCAUUAUGACCGAUGCAGCCCACCUGUUGGCAGACGUGGGCAGCAUGAUGGGCAGCCUCUUCUCCCUUUGGCUCUCUACCCGUCCAGCCACCCGCACCAUGACCUUUGGCUGGCACCGUUCAGAGACUCUGGGGGCUUUGGCCUCUGUGGUCUCCCUCUGGAUGGUCACUGGCAUCCUCCUGUACCUGGCUUUCAUCCGCCUGCUGCACAGCGACUACCACAUCGAAGGGGGUGCCAUGCUGCUGACCGCCAGCAUCGCAGUCUGUGCCAAUCUGCUAAUGGCCUUUGUGCUGCACCAGGCUGGGCCCCCCCACAGCCACGGGUCUAGGGGGGCAGAGUAUGCACCGCUGGAGGAGGGGCCUGGGGAGGCCCUGCCCCUGGGGAACACCAGCGUCCGGGCGGCCUUUGUGCAUGUGCUGGGGGACCUCCUGCAGAGCCUUGGGGUGCUGGCUGCCUCCGUCCUCAUCUACUUCAAGGCGUGGGGCUGUUUUCUCUACAGCCUCAAUACAAGGCAGCUGACCCCAUCAGCACCUUCCUCUUCUCCAUCUGCGCCCUCGGAUCCACCGCUCCCACCCUCCGAGACGUUCUCCGCGUCCUCAUGGAAGGUACCCCCCGAAGUGUGGGGUUCGAGCCUGUGCGGGAUACCCUGUUGUCAGUGCCAGGAGUCCGGGCAACCCACGAGUUGCACCUGUGGUCCCUCACGCUCACCUACCACGUUGCCUCUGCACACCUGGCCGUCGACUCCACAGCUGACCCCGAAGCUGUCCUGGCUGAAGCCACAUCCCGGCUCCACUCCCGGUUUGGAUUCUCCAGCUGUACCCUGCAGGUCGAGCAGUACCAGCCCGAGAUGGCCCAGUGCCUGCGCUGCCGGGAGCCCCCCCAAGCCUGAGCCACGGCCCCACCUGCCUCCCCCCACUGCCAGGCCCCUGGCUCAGCCUUGGACUCUCAGCACCUGCCUCCCUGCUCACGGAGAAGUGACAGAGCUGGGCCUGCACCCUUCCUCCCUCCCCGCUUCCACCUGCCGACCCCCCAGCCCCAGUGGGCAAGACCAGAGUGUGUGUGGGGCGUGGGCCCGGAGUCAGGCUGAACAGGGAACUCAGAGCAGUGGGGGGGGGGUGUAGAAGUCCCGAGGUCCCCGUUCCCUGUGGUCUGGGGAGCCCCCAGUGUCCUUUCCGUGCAGUUCAUUAUUUGUUGUGUGGCAGGCUGGCUGGGAGCAUCUGCCUGUCUGUGUGCUGUUGGUGUGCCUAUGCCUGGGGGAGGUCAGCAGGGGCCCCCUCCCCACGUGGCCCUCGCUCUGUCUAUGCAGGAGCCCCAAAGCCCGCACUUUGUCCGUGUGUUCUAGCCCUGUGGUUUUGUGUCUCUGUGUGCGUGUGUUUCUUGGUGCUGUGGCCUAUGCUAUGGUCUCUGUGCCUGUGUGGCUGUGCUAUGGUCUCUAUGAGUCUGCACCAUCCACGUAUCCAUCUGGGGUCUGUCUGUCCAUCCCUCUGUUGGUGCUGUGCCCUCGGCUAUUCCAGGGAGAGGGAGGACUCCGCCGCAGCUCCGCCAAUAAACCUGCGUCAAACUGCA